ACAAACGCAUUUAAGUCACAUGACCUGUGGUCAUGACGUGUUCGUAGCUCAUCCGGGUCACGAGGCGUCAGCAUGGAUACGGGGGACGUUCUUGCAUCUCUGGGGGUAGAGGGGGCCACCGCAGCUGCGCAUGCGCUCUCUCUUCCAGCAGAGGCGUAUGGAAAUGAUGCCCAGUUGGAAGUAUUGUGGGCUAUGAAAGCCUACAAUCACGCAGAAGUUUACUAUAAUCUUAUUUCCUCAGUUGAGCCCAAACUUCUAAAACUAACCAAAUCCGACGAGCAGAUAUAUACUAAGUUCCGGGAAGAGUUUCCUGACCUCUGUAUCGCAGUUUUGGAGCCUGAGCUGCUGAAGUCGGUGGAAGCUAAAGAGAAAUGGAGGCCCUUUUGUAACCAGUUUGAAGGAGUUGUAGAGGACUUCAACUAUGGUACAUUAUUACGUCUAGACUGUCAGAAGGACUACACAGAGGAGAACACUAUAUUUGCGACCAGGAUCCAGUUUUACGCCGUUGAGAUUGCGAGAAACAGAGAAGGAUAUAAUGACUUUGUCCACAAAGCCGGUUCAAAAACCAAACAACAGAAAAAAGUUGAGAGUUAAUCAUGACAGCUUAAUAUUUCAAGUGACCUUCUUGGUGUAGAGGAGAUCUUUAGAGAAGUGGAGAAACAGUUAUAAAUGUCCUACUUAUUUUUUCCCCAUAUGUAAAUGUGUGUAAAAGAGUUGCUUUUCUCAUUUGUAUGCAAUUGUUGGUUGGUUUUUAAUUCAGUUUUGAUUUUCCUGCAAUGUCUGGCACCUUUUGUUUGCAAUAAAUAACAGUACAUAUAUCCCCGUGAAAAACGAUUGUAUUGUAAGUAGGAUUGCCAUGACUUAAAUACCUCCAGAACCUGCUUUUGAGGAGGAUUUUGAUGGGAUGCGGAGGCUCAAGUUCAAAGUUCACCCUUGAGAGCAUCCCAAUACCGACUUUCUUUCAAUUUGAACAUUAUUGGGAUUUUUGCUGUAAAGUUAACUGCAUCCCCAGGCAUUAAAUUACUAAGAGUUUGUUCCAUCCAAUAAAACAUUGAGCAGAUUCCACUCA